UGCCAAAACUAUACUCCUCUAAGCAUCAGUUCGAACUCUACCACCAUACUCGCCGCAAGGUCGUACAGUUGUAAAGACUUAAAGAAAUGGCGACUCGUCUGCUUAAAGUUAGUUCCGCAUUGCGGGCUUAUUCUAACAAAACCAGCCUCGUAAAGGUACCAAAGCAAUGGCGAUCUACAUCAGCAUCAUUAAAAGAAAUAUUGGUGAAUCAACCACCAACACAAGUUACAACUUUAGAUUGCGGUAUGAGAAUUGCUACUGAAGACAGUGGUGCACCAACAGCUACAGUGGGAUUAUGGAUUGAUGCUGGCAGUCGCUUUGAAACCGAUGAAAUUAAUGGAGUUGCCCACUUUAUGGAGCAUAUGGCUUUUAAAGGAACUACUAAACGUUCACAAACUGAUUUAGAAUUAGAAAUUGAAAACAUGGGUGCUCAUUUAAACGCAUAUACAAGCAGGGAACAAACAGUGUUUUAUGCUAAAUGUUUAGCAGAAGAUGUUCCAAAAGCUGUUGAAAUUUUGAGUGAUAUCAUUCAAAAUUCAAAGCUUGGUGAAAGUGAAAUCGAAAGAGAACGUAGUGUUAUUUUGAGAGAAAUGCAAGAAGUUGAAACAAAUCUGCAGGAAGUUGUUUUUGACCAUUUACAUGCUAGUGCAUAUCAAGGUACACCUUUAGGAAGAACGAUUCUUGGCCCUACUAAAAAUAUUAAAAGUAUUACAAGAAACGAUCUUGUUAAUUAUGUUAGGCAAUACUAUGGUCCACCUAGAUUCAUUUUAGCUGGUGCAGGUGGUGUAAAUCACAAUCAACUAGUAGAUUUAGCUCAGAAGCAUUUUGGCCAAAUGAAAGGGCCAUUCUAUGAUGAAAUUCCUCCUUUGUUAGAACCAUGCCGUUACACAGGAUCAGAAAUAAGAGUUCGUGAUGAUAGUAUACCUCUCGCACAUGUUGCUAUUGCUGUUGAAGGUGCUGGUUGGACUGAUCCAGAUAAUAUUCCUCUUAUGGUUGCAAAUACCCUUAUGGGAGCAUGGGACCGUAGCCAAGGAGGAGGUGUAAACAAUAUAAGUUUCUUGGCUGAAGCUUCUGCAACUGAUGGAUUAUGCCAUAGUUAUCAAAGCUUCAAUACUUGUUACCAAGACACAGGACUUUGGGGUGUAUACUUUGUGUCUGACCCAAUGGAAAUUGAAUGGUUUGUACAUAAUGUACAACGUGAAUGGAUGCGAUUAUGCACGUCGGUGACUGAAAAAGAAGUAGAACGCGCGAAAAACAUUCUUAAAACAAAUAUGCUCCUUCAAUUGGAUGGAACAACUGCAAUUUGUGAAGACAUUGGCCGGCAAAUGCUUUGUUAUAACCGGCGCAUACCACUUCACGAACUUGAAGCUAGGAUAAAUAGCAUAACUGCCUCAAAUAUUCACGAUAUUGGCAUGAAAUACAUUUAUGAUCAGUGUCCAGUAAUUGCAGCGGUUGGACCAGUCGAAAACUUGCAAGAUUAUAAUGUCAUUCGUUCCGGCAUGUAUAGAUUACGAGUGUAAACAUGUUAUCAUCAAUAAAUUUAGAACAAGUCAUAAGUAACACAGA